UGCACCGACGCUCUUUCUCACGGCCGGGCCGCGGAAGAGGCCGUCCCGGCGAUCCGGAACCGCUUGGCCGCUUUGGGGGCGGUGCGUCUCUCCGAGGCGAGCGGUCCCCUGGCUACCAUGUGGGCUGGAUGGCACCGAGUGGCACGCAGGGCUUCGGGCUCUCUGAAGCAAGCGAGGCUGGGCCGGCUCUGCGGCGGCACGAAGAAAUGGGUCAGCACCAGCUGGUCCCCGGUGGGCGCUGCCUUCAAUGCCCAACAGCAGCGGCUGGCGGUGGGGCAGAAAACGGGUCUGUUUGGUGUACCUGAACUUAAUUGUCCAGAAGGAUUUCAAGAAGCUCAAAAAAACUCAUUGCAAGAAGCAGAACGAUUGGUCCAAAAAGCAUGCAUUACACCUCCUGGGAAAGAGAUUGUGUUGGUUUUUGAUCAGCUCUCUGAUGCUUUAUGUAGAGUAGCAGAUCUGGCUGACUUUGUGAAAAUAGCCCAUCCUGAUCUUGCGUUUAGAGAUGCUGCUGAGGAAGCCUGCAGAAGCAUUGGUACUAUGGUAGAAAAAUUAAACACAAAUGUGGAUUUAUGUCAGAGUCUGAGAAGAUUGUUAAUUGAUAAAGAUGUUAUGGAUUCUCUUGACCCUCAAACAAGGCGAGUGGCAGAACUUUUCAUGUUUGAUUUUGAGAUCAGUGGUAUUCAUUUGAAUGAAGAACAGCGCAGAAAUGCAGUAAAUCUUAAUGUCAAAAUUUUGGAUUUAUGUAAUGAAUUUCUCCUGGGGUCUCAUCUUCCAAACAAGAUUGAAAAGCAUUUGUUACCAGAACACAUUCGCCAUAACUUUGCAGUUGAAGGCAAUUUUGCCCAAAUCAGUUGUCUCAGUGCAGACAAUCCAGAUGAUUUGGUACGUGAAGUCGCCUACAAAGUUUUUCUAUACCCGAAUAUUCAGCAACUACAAUGUUUAGAUGAAUUGCUUGCCAGUAGAAAUGCUCUGGCCCAGUUAGUUGGCUAUGAUACAUUUGCUCAUCGAGCUCUUCAAGGAACAAUGACCCAAACCCCAGAGACAGUAAUGCAGUUUCUUACAAAGCUUUCAGAUAAAUUAUUCAGUCGCACUCAAAAGGAUUUUGAAAUGAUGGAAGGUAUGAAAAUGAAACUAUAUCCUUUCAAAUCAAAAUUAAUGCCUUGGGAUCACCCAUACCUUAGUGGUGUCUUACGUGCUGAGAGGUAUAAUAUUGAACCAGCCCUAUAUUGUCCCUUUUUCUCUCUUGGGGCAUGUAUGGAUGGACUGAACAUUUUGUUCAAUAAGCUUCUAGGAAUCUCUCUCUAUGCUGAACAGCCUGAGAAUGGAGAAGUGUGGUGUGAAGAUGUUCGUAAACUGGCAGUUGUCCAUGAACAAGAAGGAUUAUUGGGAUAUAUUUACUGUGACUUUUUUCAAAGGCCAGACAAGCCUCAUCAGGAUUGUCACUUUACAAUCCGUGGAGGCAGACUGCAAGAAAAUGGAGAAUAUCAACUUCCUGUUGUCGUCAUCAUGCUAAGUUUACCUCAGUCCAAUAAUAGUUCACCAACGUUGCUCACUCCUGGAAUGAUGGAGAAUCUCUUCCAUGAAAUGGGACAUGCUAUGCAUUCCAUGCUGGGAAGAACACGUUAUCAACAUGUCACAGGUACAAGGUGUUCUACUGACUUUGCUGAAGUUCCUUCUAUCUUAAUGGAAUACUUUGCAAAUGAUUACCGAGUGGUGAACCAAUUUGCAAGACACUAUAAAACGGGUCAGUCACUACCUAAAAACAUGGUGUCAAGACUCUGUGAAUCUAAAAAAGUAUGUGCUGCUGCUGAUAUGCAACUUCAGGUUUUUUAUGCUGUCUUGGAUCAAAUAUACCAUGGGAAACAUCCUUUAAAAAAGUCAACCACAGAAAUUUUAAAGGAAACUCAAGAGAAAUUUUAUGGAUUGCCGUAUGUUCCUGACACUGCCUGGCAACUCCGAUUCAGCCAUCUUGUGGGUUAUGGUGCUAAGUACUAUUCCUAUCUCAUGUCUAGGGCUGUAUCAUCUAUGGUAUGGAAGCAGUGCUUUGCACAGGAUCCAUUCAACAGAGCAAUGGGUGAACGUUAUCGGAAAGAAAUGCUGGCACAUGGUGGUGGCAAAGAACCAAUGCUCAUGGUUCAAGGUAUGCUACAGAAGCAACCAUCAGUGGAAGAUUUUGUGGAUGCCCUUGUUUCAGACUUAGAUCAAGACUUUGAAACAUUCUUUAUGGAUUCUGAAUAACAGAGAAGAAUAUUUUGAAAGUUUUUGGAUGUAUUAACAGUGUACAUAGAAGUUCUGUCUGAUUGGCAUUUGUAAAAAUGUGUGUAUAAAAUAAAUGGUUUACUUGAAAA